AUCCGAGACGGUGACGGUUUCAAGGCACCCGAACAUCGCAGGAGGAAAACAAAGCCGGGGAAUUCGAGACAUCAGUUAUUUGAAGUCUUUGAUACGCAAUAUCUGAACAUUUAUCACCAUACUUGUGCCUUUGGUCGAUUAGUUUUUCGUUUUGAACAUUUCGAUUGCGUUUUCAGAGGUUGUUUAUCAGUGGUAAGGGGGACUUGAAACCGCCCUUGCCCCAUUUCCUCGGUUGUUUUGCUUUUUUUCGCCUGGAUUCUCCAUGUUGGAGCAAUAGCGAGGUCUUUCACAGUGUCACUAGCAAGGAGAGCUACCGUUCAAUUACUUUUUAUACAAGCUUUUACAUGUAUGCGUCGUAAAAGGUAGCUAGUAUUUCGCAACAGAAACAGCUAAUCUACACUAUUCUUCUUUUGCAACUUGGAGGACGCAAAAGAAAACAAUUUGCUUCUUUGGAUUAUACCGAAAGAAGAAGACCACAACGGCUUGCCCCAAGCGUGAGAGCUAACAGCUAGCAAGCUGAAUGUUGGAAGUGCCUGUGACUGGGGGGAACGGAUUGGCUUUAGAGGGGCUGCGCAUUUGUUAGAUGGAAAGUUCUAUCAUCACUCAAGUGCAAAAAGAAGAUACUCAGCUACCGUCCAAGACAGGCCAGGUGAGCAAAUCUUCUCCCAAAAAGCCUCGGAGCCGGAAUAUCUUCAAGGCGCUCUUCUGUUGCCUCCGAGCACAGGAUGUCCCCCAGUCUCCUGCCCCGUCCCAGGACACCUUGCUGCCUCCUGAGGACAAUGGGACCAUCGCCAAGUAUGAUCUGCUUCAAACUCUUCGCUACCAGUAUCAUCAAAUCCCAGGGACCAGCCUGCUCCCCGAGGUGAUCCCUCAGGACCAGGGCAAGAUCUGCGUGGUCAUCGACCUGGACGAGACACUGGUGCACAGUUCCUUCAAGCCAAUCAGUAAUGCUGAUUUCAUCGUACCUGUGGAGAUUGAGGGGACGACGCACCAGGUCUACGUUCUGAAGAGACCCCACGUAGAUGAGUUUCUGCAGAGGAUGGGGGAGCUGUUUGAGUGUGUCCUUUUCACUGCCAGUCUAGCCAAGUAUGCAGAUCCGGUGACGGACCUGCUGGACCAGUGCGGGGUGUUCCGGGCUCGUCUGUUCCGGGAGUCCUGCGUCUUCCACCAGGGCUGCUACGUCAAGGACCUGAGCCGUCUGGGCCGGCAGCUCAACAAGAUCCUCAUCCUGGACAACUCGCCCGCCUCCUACAUCUUCCACCCUGAGAAUGCUGUGCCUGUGGUGUCCUGGUUUGACGACCUAGAGGACACGGAACUGCUGAACCUGCUGCCCGUCUUCGAGGAGCUGAGUGAAGUGGAUGACGUCUAUGCCAAACUCAAGCAGCUGCGCGCGCCCUGAUCCAACCGCCACCACCAUGCGCCGCGCCACUCACGCGCUGCACCCCUCUCACUCGUCUGAAUGAUGCCUGCUCCCCUACCCUACACUCCUACACACACACACACACACACACACACACACACACACACACACACACACACACAGCAUUAAGGGAUCACAAAACGGUUAGUUCAUUUACAAGUAGGGUACACACCCCUCACCCCCAACACCAACACACAGUUCCAGCAACAGAAACCAUCGGACAGACUGCCACUCUAAGCAAAGAGCACUGCACAUACACACCAAAAAAAUGAACACACACACACAUACACACACACACAUUUAUAUCAUCACCUUAUAGCCUCUUCUUCUCCUUCUCCUCCUCCUCCUUCAAAAGGACCUUUGAUUCAUAGCACUAAUCCACAACACCUCUUAUACCCCCUUCAUUUGUGACUGUAUGACUGUAUGAACGUGACCCAAGGCAAAAAAAAAAAGAAAUGAAAAGAACUCUCUCAGCAGAACUUAAAACUCCACAAGUCCUCCUGCUUUCCUUUCCUUUCCUUUCCGUUCAGGAAACGCACACAGCCCCUAAGUACCGUAAUAACCCUCACGCUGAUAUGCGCCGCUCGGCAAACUCAGCAACUUCAUUGGUUAAUAAAAAAGAGACUUCCUGUUAGACAACAAAGCAAAACAAACACGAGAAGUACUGCUCUAGUUUCCGUGGAAGAGUUAUCUCCAGGAGACUGGCGACCCUACUACAUGCUGAACCACACCGGGGCCCACUUGCGACCCAAGCCAAGCCACGACAAGACACAGGGUCCCGCGGCCACUCCUCUAUUCGGGAGCUUGGAGUCACCAUCAUCGUGCCUUUUACCAAGAGAAAGAGGACGAUUUCUUUUUUUUUUUUUUUUAAGGAAAGAAGACGAUAAAAAAAGCUUUGUUCCUCAAGGAGAUGGUUGUUCUUUUUCAAUUGUUUUCUUUUUUUUCUAUAUACGUUUUCUAAAUGUCUUUUCGAUGUUUCUCUGUGUUUAAAAAAAUAUAUAGAUAACUUUUUGUAUGUUUUUUUUCUGAUGUUGAGGAAGAACAGCCAUACAAUUGAUAGCCUCUCUUCCUGGCAGUACCUGUCUGAGUGGAAAAAAAAGCUCAACAGGCAUUCGCCAGUGGUGACAACAUCCUCAGCCAAUAGGGACCAUUGCAAUCAGUUCCCAUGAAAACAGGCCACACCUCCCAUGUGUAUUUGGUAGUCAUCAUGCCUUUCAGUUUGCCCUCGUAUGCAAAUUUGCCUGUCACAACUCCUUCAAUCCAGUCACUCAUUCACCCAUGUUUUUUUAUGGCCUUCCUUCAAUUGAAUUCUCUCUUCUUUGUAGGCCUUAAUUAGUAUGAGCUACUACUGGGAAUUUAGACUUAAAUUUGCCAUUGGCACAUUUGCAACCUGCAGUAUUUCGAGUGUCUGCCAAAUAAAUGGCUGUGCUAGCAUUUGUGAUUUUUAUUUUGGGGGUCGGGGUUAGAUGUUUUGUUUUGAACUUUAGUGCUAUGCAUAUGGGUGUUUUUUCCACCACCCAAAGCCCAUUAUACCAAACGUUCAUUUUCUUCAUUUUUUUACUGCCACUUUCUACCAAGUCAGCAUUUAAGCGUUAAGUAUUGGGUACCGGUAUUUGGAAAAGAUGAGCAACCAUACAGAAAAAAAAAAUUCAAAGUGUUUUGAGCUGAGAAAAAUGGGUUUUCUCGUAAUAGCACAGAAAAGCAAAGGACCUUCUUGGAGCUCUCCCUGUAUGGAGAGCUUGCCUGGUAAAGAUUGGUGGAUGUAUGACCAGUGUGUCAGUUUGGUAGUAUGUUAAUAUGCGUGCAAAAUCACAUCUGCUGCAUUCUCUUGUCAUUGUUAUGUUCUUAUUCUUUACUUUUGUUAUUUUGCCAAAAGCCUCAAUAUUGUUCUUAACACCCAAAAUGAAGUGCCUUAGCUGUGCACAAUUGGACUAUUUCUCCACUCAUAAAUCGUUUUUUUUCUUUUCUUUUCUUUUCUUCAUCAGAAUUUAGUGUGUAUUUCUGUGGACUUGUACGCUGCAUAUUCAAACAAAUGAAUCGCUCCAUAAAGUAAUUCUUUCCAAAGUGAUAUA